AUGGAUCCAGAACAGUUCCAGAAAUUUCUGGACUACCAGACGAAGAUGCUCACACAUUUAUUCAGUGAGUUGAGCACUUCUCAGAACAGAGCAGCUCCAUUGCAAUCGCUUGGAGCAAACGUCGCCGUACCUCAGCCGUCGCCAUUGUUGCUGGAGGGUGACAUGGAGCAAAAUUUUGAAUUUUUUGUAAAAAGCUGGAAAGACUACUGUAAAGCUGUCGGAAUGGACCGAUGGCCAGGUGUGGACAAUUCCCAGAAGGUAAGUUUCCUUCUGUCGGUAAUUGGCGAGCCAGCACGCAAGAAGUAUUUCAACUUUGAGUUGACGACAAACGACCAAACUACAGUUGAGCUGGCACUGAAGGCUAUUAAGGAUAAGGUUACAACAAAAAGAAACAUCAUCGUCGACCGCUUAGAUUUCUUCUCUGCGUCCCAAUCUUCUGGAGAAACAAUCGACGAAUAUGCCACUCGUUUGAAAAUACUGGCCAAAACUGCUAAAUUGGGAACGUUGGAAACGGAGUUAGUUACAUAUAAAAUUGUAACUGCAAACAAGUGCCCGCACCUCCGAACAAAGAUGCUUACUAUCACUGACAUAGAUCUGACAAAAGCAGUUGAUAUGUGUCGAGCGGAGGAAAUUGCAGCGAAACGAUCUGUAGAACUGUCGAUUGCUGUAGGAUCCGAUAUUAAGAAGGUUAUCAAGAAGAAGCAGAAAGAUCCCUUUUGCAAGUUUUGUGGCGACCAUCAUGAGUUUUCAAAGGGUUCAUGUCCAGCGCUCGGAAAGCGAUGCCACCGUUGCAAGGGAAAGAAUCAUUUCGAAAAGGUUUGCAAACAAGGCCGCAAACAGUUUUCAAGAAAGCUAUCACGGCGAGUAAAAGAAAUUAAGGAUAAAAGUGAUUCCGAAGAAUCGUCAUCACACAACGAUGCAUCGUCCGAAGAAAGUGAAAGUGAAUACGAAAUAGGGAAGAUCUUUGACAACACAGACAAGGGAGGAAAUGUAUUAGCAAAGUUGGACUUGAAGUUCUCCAAUGAAUGGAAAUCUGUGAAGUGUGAAUUGGACACAGGGGCUAAUACCAGUUUGAUUGGGUAUAGAUGUUUAGCUAAGCUAUGUGAUAAAGUGAAUCCCAACAUGCAUUCGUCAAAACUUCGUCUACAAAGCUUUGGGGGUAAUCCGAUAGAGGUACUAGGAGAAGUGAAGAUUCCGUGCCGGAGGAAAGGUCAAAAAUACUUGCUUGUGCUUCAAGUGGUAGAUGGCGACCAUUGCCCGCUACUCUCAGCUAAAGUGUCCCGGAUCUUAGGUUUUGUGAAAUUCUGCAAGACUGUAUCUUUCGAACCAUCUAAGUCAUCAGAGUCUUCGCAAAAGCUUCUAAACGUUUAUCGAGUCAAAGCACAACAGAUAUUGGAAUGCCAUGAUGAAAUUUUCGUCGGUUACGGAAAAUUCCCAGGGACUGUUUCUCUUGAAGUCGACCAAUCUGUCACACCGUCGAUUCAACCUCCUCGUAGAGUGCCUAUCGCAAUGCGAGAAAAGCUAAGAAAGGAAUUGGAAGCAUUGGAGAAAGAAGGAUUGAUUGUCAAGGAAGCCAAGCAUACAGAAUGGGCGUUGAAGAGGCCAAAUCUCCAGUUUAUCAUCCUAGACGAAAUUCUCCCUGAGCUAGGACGUGCUAAGGUCUUCUCGACCGUCGAUGCCAAGAAAGGGUUUUGGCACGUUGUUCUAGACGAGUCCAGCAGCAAACUUACGACAUUUUGGACGCCUUUCGGUCGUUAUCGCUGGACCCGUUUACCAUUCGGAAUAGCACCGGCGUCAGAAAUUUUCCAAAUGCGUUUGCAAGAGGUCAUCGAAGGACUCAAGGGUGUCGAGUGUAUUGCCGAUGAUGUAUUGAUCUUUGGAGUUGGUGACAACAUAGAAGAAGCAUUACAAGAUCAUAAUCGAUGUUUGGAACAGCUUUUGAUUCGGCUAAAACAGCACAACGUGAAGUUAAAUAGGUCAAAGUUGAAACUGUGUCAAACGUCUGUUAAAUUCUAUGGCCAUGUUUUAACUGAUCAAGGCAUACAACCCGACGAAAGCAAAGUAGCAACAAUCCGUGGUUUUCCAACACCAACCAAUCGAAAAGAAGUACACCGUUUUGUUGGAAUGGUGAAUUACCUCAGCCGUUUUCUAAAAAGUCUCAGUGCUAAUUUGGCAAAUCUUCGGAAUCUGAUAGCAGAAACAACGCCUUGGCAGUGGUCUUCAGUCGAAGAAGAGGAAUUCAACCAAGUAAAGAGAUUAGUAGCUGACACAGGUACACUUCGAUACUACAAUGCCAAUCAACCUUUGAUAAUCGAGUGCGAUGCUAGCUGUUUCGAAUUGGGCGUCGUUGUCUUUCAACCGGAUGGCAUUAUUGGAUACGCUUCGAGAACACUAACGCCGACCGAACGCAAUUACGCUCAAAUAGAGAAGGAGUUAUUAGCGAUUCUCUUCGCAUGCGUUCGAUUUGACCAGCUCAUUGUUGGAAACCAGAAGACCAUUGUCAAAACAGAUCACAAACCACUUGUUAGUCUGUUUCAAAAGCCACUUCUAUCAGCACCACGUCGACUUCAGCACAUGCUUCUAAAUUUGCAAAGGUAUCGAUUGCGUAUUGAUUUUGUAACAGGAAAAGACAACGUAGUAGCGGAUGCUCUGUCCCGAGCCCCACUGGACGAGAAGCUUCCUGGUGACAAGUUCAAAAAGUUGAACAUCUUCAGUGUUUUGAAGGAAGUUGAGGAUCUUCAGCUUAGCAAGUUUUUGUGCGUGUCGGAUAGCCGGCUGGAAGAAAUUAAAGAAGAAACCUCAAAGGAUCACUCAUUGCAACUAAUUGUUAGUUAUACGCAGCAAGGUUGGCCUUCAACACCCAACCAAGCUGAUUACCGUGGUUCAUCGCGUAAGUUUUUAGUCACGGUGGACCACUAUUCAGAUUUUUUUGAAGUGGACGAAUUGCGGAACUUAACGCCUGAGACUGUCAUCGAUGUGUGUAGAAUCAAUUUUGCUCGUCACGGAAAGCCUCAAAGAGUGAUCAUCGAUAAUGCAUCAAAUUUUGCAAAAGUGAAAAUGGUGAAGUUUUCGCAAAAACGGGAUUUUGAAAUGGUUUUAUCAGCACCUUAUCAUCAGCAAGCCAAUGAAAAAUCUGAAGCUGCUGUGAAGAUUUCGAAAAGAAUGAUCAAGAAGGUGGAGGAGGCAGGUACUGAUUUCUGGUAUGCGCUCCUACACUGGCGCAAUAUACCGGACAAAAUAGGAUCUAGUCCCGCUUCUCGUUUGUUCUCGCGUUCGACGCGUUCUGGAGUACCAACGACAGCAGCAAAUUUAGUUCCACGAAUAGUCGAGAAUGUACCGUCUGCAAUAGAAAAAAAUC